AAAGUGAGGUUAGAUAAUUAAUAAACAACACAACGAAGGUUGAUAUUGCAUCAAGUUGUCAUGAAGUAUUAUAUUUCUCGCAAUUCAGAUAAACUAAAGUGUUAAAUGGCAAAAUACAUAGUUCAGAUAGUGGUCCUCGGUACGCGAGUGGUUGGUCGUGCUUUCGCCAAAGCCCUUAAACAAGAGUUCGCAGCGAGUCAGCAAGCUGCCCAACGCGGAGGAGGUGGUGCUCAAGGUGCUGCUAGAGCCGCAGCCAAUGCCAAGAUGGGAAUAACUUUAGAAGAAGCCAAGCAGAUACUUGAUGUUGACAAUUUAGAGCCUCAAGAAAUCCAGAGGAAGUACCAACACUUGUUUGAUGUGAAUGACAAGGCCAAAGGUGGCUCGUUUUACAUUCAGUCAAAAGUAGUCAGUGCUAAAGAACGUUUAGAUGAAGCUUUGAAAGAACAGACGAAGAAAUCUUCAAAAGAUAAGCUUAGAACUGACAGUGAUCCUCCAUCUUAGUGAUACACGGGGGGCCUUAAUAGAUAACUUGUAAAUAGUGUAAAUAAUCGGAGGCAUACCCUGCCCUAGCGAAACAAAUUUAUCCACAGGAUAUUGGAAAGUAUUUCCAACUUGUUGAUAUUCAGUUGACUGUUACGCUUAUUGAAUAAAUCUGUUUUUGAACCUGAAAA